AAGUAAAGAAAGCUAUUUUUUGGCACUUGUAUUUUGGCAUCUAAUAAUCUUUCAAUUAAGUGUGCAGUGUUUUAGUAUACAUAGUAUGUAAAAUCAAACAUUAAUAGAUUUAUUGAGAUUGUCUUAAAUAACACAACAUGUACUGUUGACAAACAACACAUAAGUGUGGCAAGGAAGAGUUGAAGGUCAAUAUUCAGGUUAUUAAACAGUCUUUACAUUAGGAAGUGAGUUGAGGUGAACAUCGUUAAGGAUGAACUCAGUAGAAGAUCGUUGGUGGGGGUCAGCAACAUGUCCAAAUGUUGUCAAAUGCCCGACUGUCAUAUCAAUGGUUGGCCUCCCAGCCAGAGGCAAAACUUACAUGUCCAAAAAACUAACUCGCUAUCUGAAUUGGAUUGGCAUUAAAACUAAAGCAUUUAAUGUUGGAGAAUACCGUAGGGCAGCUACAGAAGCAUAUAGAACUCAUGAUUUCUUCAGAGCUGACAAUAAAGAGGCACAAGAAGUUAGACAAAAAUGUGCAAUAUUGGCUGUAGAAGAUGCCUGUAAAUUUCUAGACAGUGGGGGUGAAGUUGCUGUUUUGGAUGCUACAAACACUACCAGAGCAAGGAGACGAUUAUUGGUAGACCUUAUAAAAGAAAAACACAAGUUUAAAAUUUUCUUUGUAGAGUCUAUAUGUGAUGAUCCUACUAUUAUAGAAGCCAAUAUUGUUGAAGUAAAAGUAUGUAGCCCAGAUUAUGAAGGAAUGGAUAAAACUUCUGCUGUUCAAGACUUUAUACAACGUAUAGAGCAUUAUCGUGAACAUUAUGAGCAACUGGAACAUGAGAAAGACAAUGAUUUGUCAUACAUACAAAUAUUUAAUCAAGGGGAGAGAUUUAUGGUACAUAAAUUAGCAGGUCACUUACAAAGUCGAGUUGUUUAUUAUUUAAUGAAUAUUCAUGUAUUACCAAGAACCAUUUAUUUAACAAGGCAUGGUGAAAGUGAAAUGAAUUUGUUAGGAAGAAUUGGAGGGGAUAGUGGAUUGUCAGAGAGAGGUCAUGAGUAUGCAUCGAAAUUGGGUAGAUACGUACAAGAAGAAAACAUUCCAAAUCUACGAGUGUGGACCAGUGAACUUGUAAGAACGAAACAGACAACAGAGUUUAUAGAUGCACCUAAAGAAAAUUGGAAAGCUCUGAAUGAAAUUGAUGCUGGUAUAUGUGAAAAAAUGACUUAUGAAGAAAUCCAGGAGAAAUAUCCACAUGAAUUUGCAUCACGAGACCAAGAUAAAUUCCAUUAUAGAUAUCCUAGUGGCGAGUCAUAUCAAGAUUUAGUUGCCAGACUAGAACCUGUUAUUAUGGAAUUAGAAAGACAAGAAAAUGUAAUGGUUGUUUGUCACCAAGCUGUUAUGAGAUGUUUGUUGGCAUAUUUUCAAGAUAAAUCAGCAGAAGAUCUUCCCUACUUAAGAGUUCCUCUACACACAGUGAUCAAGCUGACGCCAGUAGCUUAUGGCUGUAGAGUAGAAUUCAUCAGCCUAAAUAUAGAGGCUGUUAACACUCAUAGGGAUAAACCAGGGGAUGUCUGUAGGAAAAGGAGUACCGCUGAAGCUCUAUCUACAGUUCCUCCACACUACUAAUCUGUGAUAUACUCAGGCAGCUAUAAACUUCUGGACAAAACAGAAGUCAUGAAUGGACGUUCAGGAUCAUAAAAGUCAUCAAUGGAAACAGAAACAUUGAAGACAAAUUUAUAGUAAUAACAUGAAAAAAAGCUAGGAGAAAUAUAAGGCUAAACUGAUUCUUAAUGUAAAAUUACUGCUUUAGAGAAACAAACUAUUUGUUUUUAGUGUAUGUAAAUGGACCAAUAAGGCAAAUAUUUAUUUUUAAUGUAAAGUCAAUCUUACAGAAGCUACUAGCUCUUAGAAUUAGCUAAAAUUAAAUGUUUUUUGUUCAGGAUCAAUAAUGCUAGCAGAUCUGAAGGAAGAUGGCCAGGAAUUGAAAUAAUAUAGUUUUUUUUUUAUUGUAUUUGAGUAGAAUACCAGGUUUGUAUGGUUAUGAUGUAUGAAGGAGUUAUAUUAUUUUAGAGUUUAUGAUCUUGAAUGUACCAUAUAUAUUUUGUUGGUAUAAUGUUGUUGGUGCAAUAUAGUAUGUGUAUGGUGCAAUUGGAGUGAAAGUUUUCCUAUAUUUUUAGUGUUUAUAUAUGUUUCAAAAAAUUUUUUUUUUCAUUUUUACCCAACACUUGAUGUGUGUUGCCCUUGAAGACUUAGAACUUCUUUCCUAAACUACUGGAACUUUUGAGACCAAACUUUAAUGUUUUGAGACUAGUUGUAGAAAAGGUUGGAUCUUUGGGUCUAAUUUAUAAAACAAACAUGGCUGUCAUUGCUAAAAAUAUAAGUUUUCUUUUUGGUUGAAACUUUUGAGACCUUCUAGAGAACUGCUGAACCAGCUGGAACUAAUUAUGACAGAAUGUUCCUUGUAUGGUACAUACUGAUUAGCCAACAAACAUUAGCUGGGAAGUUAAACAUUGAAGAUAUUAGGUUAUUAGGUUUUAAUUCAUUGUUGUAACUUUGUUGGCAAUCAGCUGACCACUAUGGUUCCAGCAAGGACAGGGUUUUACAUUGGAACAAUCUUUUCAAACCUUAAUAUUAUUGUUAUAAAACAGGAAUUUCGAUUGAUGGUAUUUUGUAUCCAUUGUGUAGUAUAAUUGUGUGUCAUCGUCUUGUUGUAUGUGUAUAAUUACUGGAUGGAGCUAUGACAUAGUACAUGUUGGAGUUAUUUUAUUGUUCGUAGUCUUAUUCUUUGGUAAUUAUAAUAAGUUUUAAAUAUUUUGCAGCACUAUAUAGUAUAUUUUACAAAUAGAGGUAUAGUCUUAAAAUAAACUUGUCACAAUCCCCUUUUUUGUUUCAAUGUAAAUUGUCAAAAUUUGAAAUACUUUUUUGCAUAGAAAAGAAUUUAAUUACAACAAAUUGCCACACAUACACACUACCAAAACCAGUACCAAUAUGUUAGUUACAACUAGUGAAAUGUAUUGCUGUGACUUUUAUUAUGAGUGUUUUUGCCACAUAUUGCAGUUCAUUCAAAAUUCUGACCCAAUUACAAUUUGUUUUAUCAAAUCAAACUGUUCAACUAUUCAGAAAUAUUAACCAACUGCAAAGUCAUCAUUAAAGUGCAUAGUGAUAAAAUAAAGCAUACCUCACAUUGAAUAGGCCAUAGAUGAUUGCUCUACUACUUUCAUUUGGAAAAACAGUGAAAUUAUUCAUUACUAAUCAUUAGUACAUAUAUAUUUUACAGAAGAACCUUUAUACCAUUUUACAGUGGUGCUCUUUUUGAAUAGGGUCUAAAAAUCCUCAAAAAAAAGAAAUACUCAAGUUAUAUUUUUAACUUAUUUGUAAAAUGUCACUAUGGUGUAUUCUCUUUUCAGAAAUAAAUGAAUUAGGCUUCAUUUUUUCCCUUGAGAGAACUAGUGGUUGCUUUUAGUUCUUUUUAUUACAUAUAAUUGAAUCUAUUUUGACAUUUAAUGUUAUCAGUUGCUAAAUAUUACAGCAUUAAGACACUUUUAAUUUUGAUAAGACAUGAUAGAUAAUUUAAUAUUAAGUCUCUUCAGGGAGAUAAAAUAUAGCAUAAUAUACUGCAUUCCUUUUUCUACUACCUCUGUCCACAUUCAUAAACUGUUAAUUCUGUAUGGUUAUUACAGAAACAAUCUAGUUACUGUUACAUUGGGGCAUUUUUUGUCUCGUGUGUUACCACUUUGAACCAAUAAGAUUAUAAAGGACUAUUAACUUGUACCGAAACUUUAAACAAAAUCAAUAUAUCACGUCAACUAACUGUAAAAGCAAUAGGACUUCUUAUUUUAUGAAAUUACUAAUUUCUGAAUUCCUGUAGGUUAGUGAUGGUAAAUUUUGGUUAUAAUGUAUUUGAUCUCUAAUGAUAUGUUUAGUCCUGUGGUUUAAAUUGUGCAUUCAUCUAUUAUACAUUGUUAAUUUUUACCAAUAAAAACAAAAAAAAUUCA